GACGGACGGACGGACGCUCGUAGCGCGCCUCGGCUGCUGUGCGCUCUCCUGCCGCCUCCCGUUUUCUCUGCCCGUGCGCGUCCUCCCUUCUUCAUAGUGUCCGGAUCUUGGGGUCGAGGUGGAGGCAUGUAGCAGAGGAUUCACGGCGCAGAGCGAGCAGCAUGUAGCAGCACCUGGAGCUCCGCGAACAUCGCCUCCCUCCUCCGGCCGCUCUCCCCGCCGGAGCGCUCAUUCCUCCUUUCGGGCUGAAGCACCGUCUGCACCAGGAUCUUUUCGGGGAUUUUUGGGGGUGGGUGGGGGGAUUUGUUUACUGCACAGGAGUGUGAGUGUGUUCCUCCCCGCCGCUCUGCACCUCUCGGUCGAUGGUCGUUGGGGAAGCUUCCAUCUUGAGUCCCGUAUCUACCGAGAGAACCAUGGCGAGCGACUCCCCUGCGCGGAGUCUGGACGAGAUAGACCUGUCUGCACUACGGGACCCAGCUGGUAUCUUUGAGCUGGUCGAACUGGUUGGAAAUGGCACCUAUGGGCAGGUCUACAAGGGUCGCCAUGUCAAAACAGGCCAGCUCGCUGCCAUCAAGGUCAUGGAUGUCACAGGAGAUGAGGAGGAGGAGAUUAAAGCUGAGAUCAACAUGCUGAAGAAGUACAGCCAUCACAGGAACAUAGCGACCUAUUAUGGAGCCUUCAUCAAGAAGAACCCUCCAGGAGUGGACGACCAGCUGUGGCUGGUGAUGGAGUUCUGCGGGGCCGGCUCGGUGACAGAUCUGAUCAAAAACACCAAAGGGAACUCCCUGAAGGAGGAGUGGAUCGCCUACAUCUGCAGAGAGAUCCUCAGGGGUCUGACCCACCUCCACCAGCACAAGGUCAUCCACAGAGACAUCAAAGGUCAGAAUGUGCUGCUGACGGAGAACGCUGAGGUCAAACUGGUGGAUUUUGGUGUGAGUGCUCAGCUGGACCGUACGGUGGGACGUAGGAACACAUUCAUUGGGACCCCGUACUGGAUGGCCCCCGAGGUCAUCGCCUGUGAUGAGAAUCCUGAUGCCACCUAUGACUUCAAGAGUGAUCUGUGGUCGCUCGGUAUCACAGCUAUAGAGAUGGCAGAGGGAGCUCCACCUCUGUGCGACAUGCAUCCAAUGAGAGCGCUCUUCCUCAUCCCCAGAAAUCCUGCCCCGAGACUCAAAUCAAAGAAGUGGUCGAAGAAGUUUCAGUCGUUCAUAGAGAGCUGCCUGGUGAAGAGUCACAGCCAGCGGCCGAGCACCGAGCAGCUCCUCAAACACCCGUUCAUCAGAGACCUGCCCAACGAGCGGCAGGUCCGCAUCCAGCUGAAGGACCACAUCGACCGCACCAAGAAGAGGAGGGGCGAGAGAGACGAGACUGAGUACGAGUACAGUGGGAGUGAGGAAGAGGAUGAAGAGAGGGACAUAGGAGAGCCCAGCUCCAUCAUCAACAUUCCCGGUGAGUCCACACUGAGGCGGGACUUCCUGCGUCUGCAGUUGGCCAAUAAGGAGCGAUCAGAACUGAUCCGGCGUCAGCAGCUGGAGCAGCAGCAGAACGAGGAACACAAGCGCCAACUACUGGCCGAGAGGCAGAAACGUAUAGAAGAGCAGAAAGAGCAGCGGCGGCGGCUGGAGGAGCAACAGCGUCGCGAGCGAGAGCUGAGGAAGCAGCAGGAGCGAGAACAGAGGCGGAGGUAUGAGGAGAUGGAGCAGCUCCGCCGGGAGGAGGAGAGGAGGCACGCAGAGAGAGAGCAGGAGUAUAUCCGUAGACAGCUGGAGGAGGAGCAGAGGCAGCUGGAGAUCCUGCAGCAGCAGCUCCUGCAGGAGCAGGCCCUACUGCUGGAGUACAAGAGGAAGCAGAUCGAGGAGCAGCGGCAGGCCGAGCGGCUGCAGAGGCAGCUGCAGCAGGAGCGAGCGUACCUGGUGUCGCUGCAGCAGCAGCAGCAGGAGCCGCCGCGUCCGCCGCAGGACAAGAAGCAGCUGUACCACUACAAGGACCAGGCACCCAGCAGCAACGACAAGCCCUCCUGGGCCAAAGAGGUGAUGCGUCGGGCUCAGAGCAACUCUCCCCGAAUCCCCCCAAAGAAAUAUCACUCCUUCAAGGAACAAGACAUCAACUUCGAGGAGCUCCUGAAGCUCCCCGGGUACAAACCUCGGUCCCGCCCCCCCUCCUACCCUGCUCACGUCAGCCCCUCCAGACAUCACAUUCACGCGCCUCGAAUCCGCAUCACCUGCGUCCCCGACUCCGAGCCGGCAUACUCUGAGCCAGUGGCGUUCCAGAGGAGCCCCAACAGGAGUCCUGACAGGAACGCUGAGUCCAGGGGCCGCAGCCCUGACCGCUUGCAUAAAGUCUCCAACCGGAUCUCAGACCCGUCGCUGCCACCGCGCUCCGAAUCCUUCAGCAGCGGGGGCAUCCAGCAGGCCCGGACUCCGCCCAUGCACCGCUCCGUCGAGCCUCAGAUGGCCCACCUGGUGCAGGUGAAGAGUCACGGCCUGUCAGGCUCCCAGUCCCUGUAUGACCCCCACGGCGUGUCCUCCUCCUCCUCGGCGUCGCCCUCCCCCUCCCGGCCUCCCAUGCCCCGGCAGAACUCCGACCCCACCUCUGACACCCCUCCUCCCCCACCCCUGUCCCGCCUGGCACCCCCCCUCGACAAGCUGGACCGCAGCUCCUGGCUGCGGCAGGACGACGACAUGCCCCCCAAGGUUCCUCAGAGGACGACCUCCAUCUCUCCGGCUUUGGUCAGGAAGAACUCCCCGGGAAACGGGCCAGGCCUCGGCCCUCGGGCCGGCGCCCACCUCAUACGGGCCAGCAACCCUGACCUGCGGAGGACUGACAUGUCCAUGGACGCUCCCCUGAAGAGAACAAGUAGCGGCAGCUCUUCCAGCUCCAGCACCCCCAGCUCCCAGGGAGGCUCCAACGAGCGCGGUAAUUCAGCCUCUAAGACUGAAGGUCACGACACCAAAGACGACAGCAGAGAGAUGACCCGGCCCAGCAGGCCUGCAGAUCUGACGGCUCUGGCCAAAGAGCUGAGAGAGCUUCGGCAGGGCGAGGAAACCAGCCGCCCGCCCGUCAAAGUGACCGACUACUCCUCGUCCAGCGAGGACUCCCACAGCAGCGAGGAUGAGGAGGGAGAGGGCGGGGCUAAUGAUGGAACUGUGGCUGUCAGUGAUAUCCCGCGCAUCAUGCCUGCAGCAAGUCAGGGUACCAACGAGUCAUUCGGCACGACGGGAGAUCAUAACGACACCAACGACGAUUCAUAUGGAAACAGCUCCCAGGACAGCACCCUGGUGAUGCGUGAGAAACACAGGGAACGGAGGCGGAGCUCAACCGCCAGCAACGGUUUCCCCAGCAAACUGUUCUCUGGCAGCACCAAUCUCCCUGAUUUAGUGCAGCAAAGCACCUCCCCCCUGGUCUCCCCAGGGGAUGCCUCCGGGGUCCAAUAUGGGAUGGGAGGCAGCGGAGGCUCCAAGGCUUCCUUCACCCCGUUUGUUGAUCCAAGGGUGUACGGGACCUCCCCAACUGAUGACGAUGAUAAAAACUCUGCCUCAGCGCUGUUUGUGGAUGAGUUCCUGAAGCAGGAGCAGGAGCAGGCGAGGCUCAACGAGGCCCGCAAGAUCUCUGUGGUCAACGUCAACCCAACUAACAUCAGGCCGCACAGCGACACACCCGAGAUCCGCAAAUACAAGAAACGCUUCAACUCGGAGAUCCUCUGCGCAGCUCUCUGGGGAGUGAACCUGCUGGUGGGGACGGAGAAUGGCCUCAUGCUGCUGGAUCGAAGUGGUCAAGGCAAAGUCUACAACCUGAUCAAUCGAAGGCGCUUCCAACAGAUGGACGUCCUGGAGGGGCUCAACGUCCUGGUCACCAUCUCAGGGAAGAAGAACAAGCUGCGUGUUUACUACCUGUCGUGGCUGAGGAACAGGAUAUUACACAAUGACCCUGAAGUGGAGAAGAAGCAGGGCUGGAUCACAGUCGGGGACCUGGAGGGCUGCGUGCAUUACAAAGUUGUGAAGUAUGAGAGGAUUAAAUUCUUGGUGAUUGCUCUGAAGAACUCAGUUGAAAUAUAUGCCUGGGCACCCAAACCUUACCACAAGUUUAUGGCCUUCAAGUCUUUCACUGACCUGCAGCACCGCCCCCUGCUGGUAGACUUGACUGUCGAGGAAGGGCAGAGGUUAAAGGUCAUCUAUGGCUCUAGUGUUGGGUUCCAUGUAAUUGAUGUGGAUUCUGGAAACCCCUACGACAUCUACAUCCCCUCACAUAUUCAGGGUCAGGUGACCCCGCACGCCAUCGUGGUUCUGCCCAAGACGGACGGCAUGGAGAUGCUGCUGUGCUACGAGGACGAGGGCGUCUACGUCAACACCUAUGGACGCAUCACCAAAGACGUGGUGCUGCAGUGGGGCGAGAUGCCCACCUCCGUCGCCUACAUCCACUCCAACCAGAUCAUGGGCUGGGGAGAGAAGGCCAUUGAGAUCCGGUCCGUGGAGACGGGACACCUCGACGGAGUUUUCAUGCACAAGCGAGCUCAGCGACUGAAGUUUCUGACGGAGAGGAACGACAAGGUGUUCUUCGCCUCGGUGCGCUCUGGAGGCAGCAGUCAAGUCUUCUUCAUGACCCUCAACAGAAGCUCCAUGAUGAACUGGUAACCCUUCGACCUCCUUUGAUCCGCAGCCCUCGUCUUCUUCACCCCGAACACUGGCCGCUGAGGGACGGAGGGAUGAGAGGAGGACGGCGUGUGUGUGUGUGUGUGUAAAAUUGUAUGUGUGUUUGUGGAUAAUCUGCUGCUGAACAGAUGAUUGAGCAUCAGGAGGAAACCGCAGGAGUGUGCCCACCCCACC